ACAAAAGGGAGGGAAACACAAAAGGCGAAACGGGGUUUUCAAAGCCUCCAGAUCCGCCACCGCCGCCGUGAUCCGCCAUCCGCCUCCGUUCGCCGUCCCCCGCUUGCCCUGGUAGUGUUUUUUCGUGCUUCUGGUUCACUCCCCGGCGGAUUCCAUGCCGAUCGACGGGAUGAGGUCCGUGGUCGCGACGGUGAGCGGCUACCACGGCGAGGAGCGGCACAGGCUCGUGAACCUCAUCGCGGAGACCGGCGCCAGCUACGUAGGAUCCAUGAGCAGGUCCAUCACCCACCUGGUGUGCUGGAGGCUCGAGGGGAAGAAGUACGACAUCGCAAGGAAGCUGGGGACUCGCGUCGUCAGCCACCGGUGGUUCAUGGAGUGUCUCAGCGAGGGGAGGCGCCUCCCAGAGGACCCCUACUUGAUGGUAAGUGGUGAAGAAGCAGGGCCAGUCCCAGAGCUGCCUGCUCGUUCCCGUACACAACGCAAGAAAAAUGCCAUAAUGGAGGACAGGAUUUUCCAAGAGUUACCUGAUGAUUUCUGGGACACUCCUCCAGCCAGAGCCAGCUAUAAAGUUAAGCUUGAUGAUUCUGAUUCUGAUUUUGAGUCUGCCCUGCUAAAAGAAAAUUCUGCUCUUGAUGAGGAUUCUAAGAAAAAUCAUUCAUCAGACGUUAAGAAAAGAAGAAAGCGUAUGAAGCAUGCUAAUACAUCAAUGGACAGAGAUGUCUUAAAUCUGCAGGAUAAUGUGUCAAGUGCCAUGGCAAGACAGUGCCUUCAUGUGUCAAGUCAUACAAUGUCCCAGAGCACAUCGAAGCAGAAGGGAAACUUGUCACGCUUUCUUCACAAUGAAAUUCCUAUCAGGAUGGGAGAAAGGAAUGAUCUUACUGAAAACUUUGAAAAUGAUAGUUUGUCUGACAGCUUCAGUGAACCUCAAACUUCAGAUAUUCUGUGUAUAGAAGCUCAAAGAAAAUUCACCAAGACAAGUGCACCAUCAUCAUCACUUCGACAAAGUGCUCUGGAUUCUCUAUAUGAAUUUGGUGAAACUAGUAGGGAUGUACCAGCAGGAAGAAAAGAACCAGACAACGUUGAAUUAAGGGAGAGUUCAAGAAGCUUACUUCCAUUUGAUUUGUCAGGACAGGAACCAGCUUUCUGCACUCAGGAGCAAGUAGAUAAAUGUAGCCUUGGCACUCUAGCUGGUGAUGAAAUGGGAUAUGAUAAAAAACCCAUGGAAAAAUCAUCUAAUUUAGAAAGGCAACCUGAAUUAUCAUGUGUCAUAUGCUGGACAGAUUUUUCUUCUACAAGGGGCAUCUUACCAUGUGGACACAGAUUCUGCUAUUCAUGCAUUCAAGGAUGGGCAGAUUGUCUGGCUUCUAGUGGUAAAGUCUCAACAUGUCCACUUUGCAAAGCCAGUUUCAUAUAUAUCAGUAAGGUGGACGAGGCAGGCACCUCAGAUCAGAAGAUAUACUCUCAGACCAUUCCUUGUGAAGCUUCUACUGAUGUUUUUGUGCUCGGCAAUGAAGGCUAUGAUUUCUCUCGAUCAACGGCUGGGCAAGGAGCAUGCUACCAGUGCCACUUCCGUGAGCCUGAGGAGCUUCUUCAAAGCUGUGAUGUCUGCAGAUUACAGUGGGUACAUGCAUACUGCCUCGAUCCUCCGCAGACCCGUUGGACAUGCAUGCACUGCAGAGAUCCGCGGAUGCUGUUUCACCGGUAUCGUUAGCCCCAAUUAGGAUACUCAUGUCAAAAUUUACCAGAGGCCCGAUUGAGAUUGUUGAAGGAAAUUACUGUAUAUCAGAAGGCAUGAACGCCAUAUCGGCUUGUCCCACUGAAGAACCAAUAAGUUUGCAAUGUAAUUGCCAAGUUCCAUUUGAUGUCUAUACUCUAGCAUUGAUUGCUGAGGGUGGAUGCGAGCUUAUUAAACUGGAACCUAGUGUCAAUGUAGCAUCCCAAAAAUGUAACCUCCCAGAAAAGACGUCCAUACUCUAUACUGAUUGCUUGGAAGACUAAGAAACAGACAAUAGUUUCUCAUUUGAGUGGAAAGGCUGAGUUACAAGCUAUGCCUCUUGUGACAACAUA